AUGGCCUCCAAUGAGAUGAAGAAGAUAACCUUGAAGAGUGAUGACGGUGAGACCUUCGAGGUGGAGGAGGCUGUGGCCAUGCAAUCGCAGACCAUCAAGCACAUGGUGGAGGGUGAUUGUGCCAACGGUGCGAUACCUUUGCCAAAUGUGACUAGUAUCAUCCUAGCGAAGGUGAUCGAGUACUGCAAGAAGCACCAUGAAGAGGAUGUCAAUGGCGAGAACAAAGUGGACAUGAAGAACUGGGACACUGGGUUCAUGAAGGUGGAUCAGAGCACUCUGUUUGACCUAAUCUUGGCUGCAAACUAUCUGAAAAUCAAGAGCCUGUUGGAUUUGACCUGUCAGAUUGUGGCAAACAUGAUCAAUGGAAAGACACCUGAAGCGAUCCGUGAGACCUUCAACAUCAAGAAUGACAUUACGUCUAAGAAAGAAGAGGAAAUUAGAAAGGAGAACCAGUGGCCAUUCGAGGAUGCAAAACCUCUUUCGUCAAAUAUUUUUAUAUCUAAUGAUACAAGAGUUAUGUCUCCAUGUUUUGUGUGUUAA